AUGUCUACACUGCAACAACAUGACUUACACGAUGUUCAUCGAAGAUUCUUUUUCUUUCUAUCAACCAACAAUGUUGACGACAACAGGAAGCCGGUAGAAGAGAAAAAAAGAACGAGUAGGACAAAACACAGCGACUACACACCGCGUCUGAUACUAAAAAUUUUUAUUAUAUCAUCUGUCAAGAAAAACCAGAUAAAAUGCGAAGUGAGAAACGAAAAGAUUAAAGCAAAAGAACAGAAAUAUCCAACAGUCAAAGGAACGUUUUCAUCAAUUCAUCGACUAGAUUAUUCUUAUUUUUUCUUCUUGCUUCUCUUUUCGAUAACCUGA